GGUAGAACUUGAUUUGUUUGUUUAUGCUCGAAGUGUAUUUGUUAUAACACUACAAAAAAUUGCUGAAUAGCGACAGAACUCUACCGGCAGUUCAAGCCAACCGCCGGCGCUAUAUGGUCUAGAAGACUUUGCGACUGUUUACGAGAAACCGUCGUGGAGUAUAAUAACCCGCGUCAAAUUUCCAAGCUUCAUUCCCUCUUAUUUUUAUUUCAGAUUUGUUUCGUUUGCCUUCAAUCCCUUCAGAUUCGUUUCAGAUUCAAUUUCAAGCUUCCUUCAACAUUCAGAUUCAAGCUUCAAUCCCUAAAUUUCGUGUCCUUUCUUCGUUUAAGCUUCAAUCCCUAAAAUUUGCAGUGUCAAUCUUGUUCAAGCUUCAUUCAACAUUCAGAUUCUUCAACCUUCAAUCCCUAAAUCUCGUUAUUCAAGCUUCAACCUCUCAAUUUUUGUUCAACCUUCAAGCCGCAGGUUCAACAUCCAGAUUCGUUCAACCUCCAGCUUCGUUCAACAUACAAAAUCUAGGUUCAGUUUCUUAUUAGGUUAUUGUUAAAUUUUUUAUGCAUUGUUUUUUCACGCAAAAACAAAACCUUCAAAAACCAUGAAAAUCAAAUUUCAAUCAAAACAACAAUGAUUCAAUUCCAAAGAACCUUCUUCUUCACCAACACCACUUCUUCUCCCACUCUUCGCAACUGCAUGUUUCAACUCAGGUCGUUACACAAUCCCUUAAUCUCGCCGCACUUACCCUCGCUCGUGAAUUUAACUACCAACGCCGUUCAACACCGUAACUGUUUCUCGUUUCGCUCUUUUAGUGUAACUAACUUCAAUACUUUGAAAUCUGUUACGUCCAUUAGCGGUUUCGGUUUACCGUUUCGGGUGAAUGGCGUUGGAAGGAGUUUACGGUAUUUGUCUGCUGUGCCGGAGAAGAAGAGUAAAUGGAAGAAACCGGUAAAAGCUGUUGCCGUUCGCGGUAAGGAUAAGAAGGAUGCUAGUUCUGGUGAAUCUGUGGAUAAAAAUGUUAAAAAUGUGGAGUUAGAGAAAAGUAGUUUAAGUGAAGAGAUCAAGAGUGAUAAACAGGAUUCCAAAAUUAAUAAUGUUAAGAAGACGAAGAAGAAGAAGCCACCGAGUAAGAAGAAAGAUGUUAAGACUUCUGCUGCAACUGAUUCAACCGAUUCAUCGAAAGCUGUUGGUGAAGAAGUUUCUAAAAAAUCACCUUCCAAAGGGAAGAAGAAGACUAAUGUAAAGGAGAGUUCGGCCGUUAGCACUUCAAAAGAAAUACAGGAUGGUUCUGCUUCUACAAGGUCAAAGAAAAAGGACGUAAACUCUAGCCAGGUUGAUCUUGAGAAGCCGCUAGGAAAUUUUACGGGAAAACCACUGUAUCCACCUACGGGAAAGUCUGUGAUGGUCGUGGAGUCUGCUACGAAGGCAAAGGUUAUUCAGAGAUACCUUGGUGAUAUGUAUGAAGUAUUGCCAAGCUAUGGUCAUGUAAGAGACUUGGCUGCAAGGUCUGGAUCUGUGCGGCCCGAUGAUGACUUUAGUAUGGUGUGGGAAGUUCCAUCAUCUGCCUGGACUCAGCUGAAGAGCAUCAAUCUUGCCUUGAGCGGAGCAGAAAAUCUUAUUAUUGCAUCAGAUCCUGAUCGCGAGGGAGAGGCUAUCGCUUGGCACAUAAUUGAGAUGUUACACCAACAAGGAGCUCUGCGCGAUAAUGUUUUUCUGGCUAGAGUUGUCUUUCAUGAAAUAACCGAGCAAUCUAUAAAAACUGCUUUGCAAGCACCGCGAGAGAUUGAUGUGAAUUUGGUUCAUGCUUACCUUGCACGGAGGGCCCUCGAUUAUUUGAUUGGGUUUAAUAUUUCACCAUUACUAUGGAGGAAGUUACCGGGUUGCCAAUCAGCAGGAAGAGUUCAAUCUGCUGCACUUUCUCUUAUAUGUGAUAGAGAAAUGGAAAUUGAUCAAUUUAAACCCAAGGAGUAUUGGACUAUGGAGGCCAAGUUUGAUAGGAAAGAGCGGAUAUCAAACAAGGACGUAACAUUUCGUGGUCGCUUGACCCAUUUUGAUUCUAACAAGUUGACUCAAUUUUCAAUUACCUCUGAUGGGCAGGCAAGGGAUAUUGAAGGCAAGGUAAACUCUGCAGAGUUUCAGGUUAUUAGCAUGAAAAAAAACAAAGUUCGAAGAAAUCCUCCAACACCUUAUAUAACAUCAACACUUCAGCAAGAUGCUGGAAAUAAAUUGAAAUUCUCAGCAAGUCAGACAAUGAAGAUUGCUCAGAAACUCUACGAGGGAGUUGAAUUGUCUAAUGGUAAAGCAGUGGGGUUGAUAACAUACAUGAGAACUGAUGGAUUCCAUAUUUCUGAUGAAGCUGUUGCCAAUAUUCGCUCCCUGAUAAUUGAAAGGUAUGGACAAAAUUUUGUUGCACAAAGUCCACCUAAGUAUUUUAAAAAGGUGAAAAAUGCACAAGAAGCCCAUGAAGCCAUUAGACCAACUGACAUACGUUAUUUACCAUCAAUGCUGGCUGGGGUGUUAGAUGAAGAAUCCUUGAAGCUUUACACACUUAUUUGGUCAAGAACAGUUUCAUGUCAGAUGGAACCAGCUAUUCUUGAGAAGAUACAAGUCGAUAUUGGAAAUGCUGAUAAGUCUAUCAUGUUACGGUCUGCUAGCUCAAGGGUUGAGUUUCCUGGAUACCAGGCAGUUUUCACGGACAUUGUCACUGAAGCUGGACAAGAUAGAGACAGUGAUGGAUCCAAUCAUGAUCUAGCUUUUGAGGUUCUAAAUUCCUUGAAGACAGAGGAUCUGUUACAUCUUGUUGAAACUGAGGGGAGUCAGCACCAUACACAACCACCACCACGUUACUCCGAAGCAUCAUUAGUUAAGAAGCUUGAAGAGCUUGGGAUUGGAAGACCUUCAACAUAUGCAAGCACAUUAAGAGUUUUACAGGAUAGAAAAUACGUGACAGUAAAAAGUCGUGUUCUGUCUCCAGAAUUUCGUGGUCGUAUGGUUUCAGCUUUUCUGUCACAUCAUUUUUCAGAGGUCACAGACUACAGUUUCACUGCCGAUAUGGAAACUGAGCUUGAUAAUGUUUCUGCUGGAAUAACCAAAUGGAAAGGCCUCCUUGGAGAUUAUUGGACACGGUUUAAAUCAUAUUGUGAACGUACUUCUAAUGUUCAUAUUCACCAGGUUGAGAAGAUGUUAGAAAAAAAAUUUGCGGAUUACUUAUUUGGUUCUCUCCCAGAUAAGAGCCGGGUGUGUCCAAGUUGUAACGAAGGCACACUUAUAUUUAAAGUAAGUAGAUUUGGUGCUGGCUACUUUAUAGGCUGUGAUCAACAUCCGAGGUGCAAGUAUAUUGCUAAAACAUUAUAUGGUAAUGAUGAUGAUGGUGAUGAUGAUGAUGAGGAAGAUACACCUAAGCAAAACACUAUGAUAGAGGAACCAAAACUCCUAGGUUUUAAUAGUGCAAAUGAAAAGAUUCUUCUGAAAAGCGGUCCUUAUGGAAUCUAUAUUCAGCUUGGAGAAGACAGGAAGGGACACCCACCUAAAAGAGUCUCUGUUCCUCAUGUAAAGGAUGUGGACUCUAUCACCCUUGAAGACGCACUUGUGUUGCUACAAUAUCCAUUGACAUUGGGUAAGCAUCCUCAGGAUGGAAAUCCUGUCGAAUUAAAGGUUGCAACGCGUGGCUAUUCUAUUUGGCAUGGAAGCAAAAUUGCUCCUGUUCCUAAGAGGUUGAUAGCGUUUGGAACAAGACAUGGCAGGAACUACAUCAGCGGUUCUUCUUUAUCAUCAUCCUCCUCUUCACAAAAAAAGGUCUUUUUCUCUAACUUUAAUUUAAUACCAUGUCAGUUAUCAUCAUGUAAUUCAGAUUCCAAAGAUGAUUUCCAUAUAGUGAUGAAUAUUCUUAGUAAUUCUGCUCCCAGUAGGGGUGGCCACCAAAUUUAUUCAGCUCUUGAUGCUGCCCUUGACGACGUCACCAAUUUAGAUAAACACUUUGUACUCAAAGUUAUUGAAACCUCUUGUCAAACUAAAUUACUUCAUACCCCAAGGGUUCCACCUUCUGAUCUUAUCCGCUAUUUAAAGUUAGUUUGGAAGAAUAACAAGGACCUCAUCACUACCUCUGUUGUUCAAUCCCUUGUUUCAUCAAUAUGCUGCUCUACCUCUCCCACACAACGUCCAACAAAGAAUGAUCUACUUUUUCUCUGGGACUUUCUCAACCAUAUUGCCCGCUAUCACCCACCCGGUCUUCUUAAUGCUCCGAUUCUCAAUACACUCAUACAAUCCCUCGGAGGAGAAGGAAAGGCUGCACUUGACGUUUUCAAUAAAUUUCAGGUCUUUCAUUGUGUUCCAAAUCAUGAUACAUAUUACUUUACACUGCAAGCUCUUUUGAAUACUAGUACUUGUAGUCCUGAUAUGAUCCACCAAGCUGCUUCUAUCUGUCAAAACAUGAUGCUGCUCCUUCCUCCUCAUGAUCAUCAUCAUGGUGGCUCUUCUCAUGAUCAAGAAUACACCCAACCUUCUCCUCCUCCUCCUCCUCCUAGUCCUGAUGAUGAUGACAACGACAUUGACUUCCAGACUGCGCUGACAUUUCUCGGUGGUAUUCCUAGACCAUAUCUCAAAGACCGUGUGUGUGCAAAUCUUAAUUUAAUAGAUUUUAACCCUCUGCGUCAACAGCUGCACCACUUUGUACUCAAAACUAUUGAAACCUCUUCUCAAACUAAAUUAAUUGAAACCCGAAAGGUUUCGCCUCAUAAUCUUAUCCACUUUGUAAAGUGGGCUUGGAGGAGGAGGAGUAACAAUAAUAAAGAUCUCAUCACUACCCAUGUUCUGGAAUCUCUUGUUUCGGCAGUAGUACGUGGAAAUGUUCAUCUAAGGAAGAACGACAUACUUUUUCUGUGGGACUUGCUUAAGCAUAUUGGCCACUGUCAGACUGGCCUUCUUAACACCCAAAUUCUCAAUCAACUCCUAUAUGACAAUCAAUUGAAAUUUGACCAUGGAAAGACCGCACUCGAAAUUUUUCAUAAAUUUGAGGUAUUUCAAUGUGUGCCGAGUCGAGAUACGUAUACUCUUACACUGGAAGCUCUUUUGGCCACAAGGCUUAUUAUGUCCCACCAAGCCGCUUCUAUCUGUCAAAAGAUGCUGCUUCAUCCAGAAACCCUCCUUCUUGAUGACGCUCCGGUUCUUAUUGCCUUGAUAUCUUGGUUUGCUCAAAACAAUAUGACUAAAGAAGCCUAUGCUCUCUACCUGGCUGCAAAAGAGAAACCUAAAACAAACCCUAACUGGCCGCUAUGGAUAGAUAGAUCGUUUCUACUUUUAACUAUCACAGUACUUUGUUCAAAAAAAGAAACUGUAUAUCUGGCUUUCGAGAUGUUCAAUGAUAUCCCUGAGUUGGUGGAGGAUCGGGACUUACGUUUUAAAAAUGAAAUGUUUAGGCUUGUUGUCCGAGCCUUGUGUGGGUUUAAAGAAUUCGAUGCAGUCAAGCAGUUGAUCCUUAAAAUCGUUGUAGACACAAGUCAAGAACAUCUUUUAAUAUCUGCUAUCAGUACACUUAUUCCUGCCCUUGUUAACGCUGGGGAAAUCAUACAGGCUUUGGAGAUGCUGAUGCUAGUGGAAAGUAAAGGUUUAUACUUUUGUAAUCAUCAUAUGUUUCGUUUUUGGUAUUCAAAUGAUAUGCUACAUAUUAGGAAGAUCUUGGAAGAAGCCAAAAAGAAGGAUUCUAAGUUAACCGUUGCUCUGCUGUACCAUGCACUCAUUGUUGGAUAUUGCAAGCUACAGCAAUUUGACCGUGCUCUCAAGUUAUUGACUGAAAUGAAGGAUUUUGGUGUCUUGUACACUAAUCUUGAUGAAUAUCACAAGUUGAUCCACUCUUUUUGCUUGAUGGAUAUGGAGUGGAAAUUGGCAAUAGAGCAGCUAGAGGAAAUGGAGCCUAUGGAUAGGGAAAUGGUAGAAGAUGAGCUACAUACAAUGGCCACUAUGGAUAAGCAAAUGGUAGAAGAGCGGCUAGAGGAAAUGUCAGAAGAGCAGCUAGAGGAAGUUAGAAUUUCAAUGCAAAAAUAUUUGAGUUGAGAAAGUAUUAGGAAAAAAUGGUUAGGAGUCUGAUGAAAUGGUUACAUUUUUAUUUUUUAUUUUUUAAAUAUUAUUUAUAUUGAAUUCUGUCUAAGUUGGCUAUGCAUAACUAUUAACUGGUAGUAUGUCACUGUCUUUUUUAUUUUUUAUGAGUUUAAAAAUCAAAUUGGUUUUCA